AUAUAUGAUCGACCUUUGCGCUUCAAUUACCGGUCUGGACGGAGGUGAGAAUGAGCAAGCGGAAAUAUGCGGAUGAGGUUAUAGGCGAGGUGGGGGUGGAAAAGGAAAUGGACGGGGAGGAGGUGGAGGAUGAAGAUUUAAACGAGGAAGGAGAUCGGCCGCAAAAGCCCCCUCCAUCCUUUGGUGGCCUUUUAUCGAGGUUUGCCUUCUCGGGUUCGAGCUCUAGCCAGGCUCCAACGAUUCCCCUCGCAAUCGCCUCUCGGCCAACACCGCCCGAACGUCCACCCCCCACCGGAAACCCCGCUGAACUGUCACUACCCCCGACCAAGCCCAAAAAGAAGCGCUCGAAGCACACCGGCUAUGCACCCCCAAGCGCAUACGCUCACCUGUCCCCGCUCCCCGACACCCUUGAGGAGAACCUGAUCUGCAUCUUCAUCGGUAUCAACCCAGGUUUAACAACCGCCCGCAUCGGCCAUUCGUUUGCGAACCCCACGAACCUCUUCUGGCCGCUGAUGCACUCCUCGGGAUGCACCCCAGACCGCCGCCUCCCCCCACAAAUGGACGGUAGGCUGCCGGAGUUGUACUCCCUGGGCCAGACCAACAUCGUCAAGCGGCCGACUAAAGACGCGGCGGAGCUUUCCAAGGAGGAAUUAUUGGCUGGUGUCGAGGUGUUAGAGGAGAAAAUGCGGAUGUAUAAACCUGAGGCGGUGUGUUUUGUCGGGAAGGUGGUCUGGGACGCGGUUUUCAGGGCACGGAACGGGAGGGGCAUCAGGAAGGGGGAGUUUGACUGGGGGUGGCAGGAGGGGGUUAUGUUUGGGGGGAUGGAGGAGGGGGAGGGGGAGGGGAGGUGGGGGGGUUGUAGGGUCUUUGUGGUGCCGAGUACGAGUGGGCUGGUAGCGGCUUAUGGGCCAGAAUUUAAGAGGGAUCUAUGGAAGAGGUUGGGAGAUUGGGUGCAAAUGAGGAGGAGGGAGAGGGGGGAGAGUGCGCCGAAGGGUUUGGAGCGCGGGGAGAACGGUGUGGGUGAGUUAGUUAUGGUCUGAGCGAUAGAGUAUAUGUACCAUAUAUGUUCCUGGGUUUUCCAUGGUCUGGUCGAUGCCAUAGAACAAAGUCUAAACAUGAGGGGUAUCGACUUCAGUCUCCCAAGUUUGGAGGAGGGCUUGAUUCCCUAGGAACCUUUGCACCAAAUAUCUUCUACAUUUCUCACCCCACCUACCGGUGGCUGGGUAUUA